AUGGAUGAGGAGAAGUCCGUAGAGGAGGAGGAGGGGCUAAAGUUAGAAGGGUUGGAGGAGCAGGGAGAAGAGAAGCAGGAUGAGGUGGAGAAGGUGGAUGAGGAGAAGUUCAUAGAUGAGGAGGAGGGGCUAAAGUUAGAAGGGUUGGAGGAGCAGGGAGAGGAGAAGCAGGAUGAGGUGAAGGAGGUGGAUGAGGAGAAGUCUAUAGAGGAGGAAGGGAUAAAGUUAGAAGGAUUGGAGGAGCAGGGAGAGGAUAAUCAGGAUGAGGUGGAGAAGGUGGAUGAGGAGGACUUCGUAGAGGAGGAGGGGCGAAAGUUAGAAGGAUGGGAGGAGGAGGGAGAGGAGAAGCAUGACGAGGUGGAUGAGGAGAAGUUCGUAGAUGAGGAGGAGGGGCUAAAGUUAGAAGGGUUGGAGGAGCAGGGAGAGGAGAAGCAGGAUGAGGUGAAGGAGGUGGAUGAGGAGAAGUCUAUAGAGGAGGAAGGGAUAAAGUUAGAAGGAUUGGAGGAGCAGGGAGAGGAUAAUCAGGAUGAGGUGGAGAAGGUGGAUGAGGAGGACUUCGUAGAGGAGGAGGGGCGAAAGUUAGAAGGAUGGGAGGAGGAGGGAGAGGAGAAGCAUGACGAGGUGGAGUAG